GUGUGCGUGUGCGUGUGUGCGUUACGUUUUGCGAAUGUAUGCGUAACGAGUCUCAAAAUAAAAAGUAGGCACAACAAAAGCUACAACAACAACUACAGCAACAACAACAAUGUCAGCACUUGAGCUAUUGACGUGCAGAUUGAAUGAGAUGCUGAAGGAGCGCCAACAAGCACAAGUGAGCGUCAGCGUGAGCGAGAGCGAGAGAGUGCACAACAGCGUAAUGGACAAAAGCUGCACUACCUGCAAAAUAUGCCACAAGGCCUUUGCGAACGUUUAUCGCCUGCAGCGUCACAUGAUCAGCCACGACGAGUCGGCUUUGCUGCGCAAAUUCAAAUGCCUUCAGUGCGACAAGGCCUUCAAGUUCAAGCAUCAUCUGAAGGAGCAUGUGCGGAUCCAUUCCGGCGAGAAGCCUUUUGGCUGCGACAACUGCGGCAAACGCUUCUCCCACUCGGGCAGCUUCUCCUCCCACAUGACAUCCAAGAAGUGCAUCAGCAUGGGCCUCAAGCUGAACAACAAUCGCCAAAUGCUCAAAACUCUGGACAAGAAGGCCAGCGCUGGACGCUCCCCAACAGAUCAACAGCAGCAGCAGCAGCUGGCGGGCAAACGUUCCUGCAAGCUGCCGGAGCCGGUGCUGCCCAAUCCGAUGAAUUACUUUGCUGGCGAUGCCCAAGCUGCACCCGCAGCUGCCAAUGCUCCCGCGCCCUUUUAUCCCAACUACAGCGCGAUGAAUGCGGCCUUGUUGGCAUUCCCCAAUGCUUUUAUGGCCGCUGCGCUGGAUCCGCGCAUGCAUCCCUACAGCAUACAGCGACUGCUGGAGCUGACGGCUGCCGGUCAGCAGCAGCGAGAAGAGCAGCAGGAGCGGCUGGAGCAGGAGCAUAGAGAGGAGCAGCCGCUCUAUGAGCCCAGCAAGGAUGAUGAUGAGACGCCCGAUGAGCCCAAGCUGGUUAUGGAUCUAGAGGAGUCGGAGCCCAAGCCAGCGGCCACGGCCGAGCUGCCCGCUGCGGAACCACUCGAAGAUGCCACCGCCGUCAAGCAGGAGCCCAGUCGCGAGCCAACGCCACCAGACACGCCCAAGUCCAUCAAACUGGAGCAGGAGGAGCUGGAGGCAGCGCCCGUGGAUCAAACGCGUGCGCAGACACCCCAAGAUCUGCGCUGCAGUCGCUGCGCCAAGCAAUUCAAUCAUCCCACAGAGCUGGUGCAGCACGAGAAGGUGCUGUGCGGCCUCAUUAAGGAGGAGCUGGAGCAGCACUACCAUCAACAACAACAACAGCAACAACAACAACAGCAGCAGCAGCAACAACAACAGCCGAGCUUUGCUUUGCUACCCUCGGCAAGUGAUGCGGACGAGGAUGACGAGGAGGAGGAGGAGCCCCGUCAGGAUUACCAUGCAGGCAGCAGCGACAGCGGCGAGCGCAAAGUGCGCGUGCGCACCGCCAUCAACGAGGAGCAGCAGCAGCAACUGAAACAGCAUUACGCCCACAAUGCGCGACCCAGUCGGGAUGAGUUCCGGCUGAUAGCCGCCCGUCUGCAGCUGGAUGCGCGCGUCGUCCAGGUCUGGUUCCAGAACAAUCGCUCACGCGAGCGCAAGCUGCAGAGCUAUGCCAGCAGCGGAGAGCCCACGGCUGCCGCUCCAACAUUGCCCCAGCCGCGCGCUGGCGAGGAUCAGCCACUGGAUCUGUCCGUUAAGCGCGAUGCCUCGCCGCUGUACGGCCUGCCCCCUCAGCCGGCAGCUGCACAGCCCGCGCCCGCUGACUUUCAGGAGACCAUGGCCAUUAAUCUGAGCCGCAAACUAUCCAGCUCGGCAUCCAUGUCGCCGGCUUCGCUGUCGCCCUGCUCGGGCGCCUCCUCGUUGCAGCAAUCGGCCGCAGCCGCCGCUGCUGCUGCAGCGCUUUAUUUUGCGCCUCCCUCGCCGCCCGGCAUGCACGAGGCAGGGCACACGUUGCCAACGCACAGCGCAGCGUCGCGUGGACAGGCGUUUCCCAGCCUGCCGCCAUACAUGCUGCCACGGCUGCCCAUGGAGGCGCUCUUCCAGAUGCGACCCGGCGGCGACUAUGCGCCCAAUCCGCUCAUGAACAGUAUUAAGAUGCCCGACUAUCGCGGCACCAGCCUCAGUCCCGGCGGCUCCGAGAAGCGUUCGUGGCGCGACGAUGAUUCGCGCAUCUCGCACGAGGACGACUAUGUGCUGGCGGGCGGCGGUCUGUUGCCGCCCAAACCGAAGCGCGCCAAGGCCGAGACGCACGGGCAUGCCGGCGAUCCGGAUCUGCCCUUCGUUUGCGAUCAGUGCGACAAGGCGUUCGCCAAGCAGAGCUCCCUGGCGCGUCACAAGUACGAGCAUUCCGGUCAGCGACCCUACCAGUGCAUGGACUGCCCUAAGGCCUUUAAGCACAAGCAUCAUUUGACGGAGCACAAGCGUCUGCAUUCCGGCGAGAAGCCGUUCCAGUGCUCCAAAUGCCUGAAACGCUUCUCCCACUCGGGCAGCUAUAGCCAGCACAUGAACCACCGUUACUCCUACUGCAAGCCCUACAGGGAAUAGGUAAGCGACACCUCAGUGCCGCCCACCUGCGUCACAGCUGCCAAUGCUGCUGCUACGGGGACAGCGCGUGCGCGCCGCGGCCCCGUCGCCCACUCGGCCAGGAUGAGCAACAAUAACA